AUGAGUUCCACAGAACACAUCCCGACUCCUGCCUCUUCAGACCAUCCUGCCCCAGAGCCAGCACCAACCUGGACAUACCCCACCAGAACGUGCCGUCUCUGUCUUGAGGAUGUUCCUGCUACGGUCACUCUCUAUCCGCCCGGCCUUCCUCCUGCUUUUCAGCGUCCAGUUGUUGAGUAUAAAAAUGAUGAUGAAUAUGGACGACUUAUCAAGCCAUGCCAUUGCAGAGGAGGAAUGAGGUACAUCCAUGAGCUCUGUCUACGAAGGUCCCGGACCGAGGGCGUCCGUCCAGGUUCUCUGUGGAAAUGCCAUGAGUGUGGCUACCAAUUCAAUUUCAAUCGACUCACGCUUCAAAAGUAUCUGGGGAGCAAGACAUUUUCGGGGAUCUUGACCGUUUUUGUCAUGCUGCUAGUCAUGUUCAUCCUUGGCUUCAUUGCAGAUCCCAUUCUGAACUUUUACACCGACCCUUACGAGACCAUCGUUGGCCAUGAAAACGUCUGGCAAGAGGUCGACGUGAAUGAGUCGAAAGAGACCUUCUCUGGCUGGGCUCGGCAUUUCGUGAAAGGUCUGGUUUCCAUGGGCGUCCUGAGUUUCCUGAGAACUGCCCUUCUCAAUCCUUUUCAAUGGUGGAACCUCCGAAAUACGGGAUUUGUUAGCAGCAGAAUCUCAGGAAGGUCAACGUCUGGGCGGGAUCGUGCUGUGAAUAUCAGUUGGAUUGUUGUGGUUAUGGGAGUUGUAUCCGCCUCGUAUUUGUUCUAUCAGUGGGUUGAGACCAUCAUCGCCAAAUCUCUCCAGCGUAUAGGGAACAACAUUGUUGACACCCAGUUGCCGGGAGAUGACGACGACAUCAAGCCGCCCCCGGGUUUCAAGUUUGAAGAAAAUUCCCCCAAAGUGAUCGAUCCACAGCCAUGUUCACCGGACAGUAAUGUGGCGGGAAAGGAGAAGCCGGAGGGUUUGGACAGAAGCUCAGGAAUUCACUCGACGCCAAAGCACGUACCGGGACAGUCUGAAGACAGCAGCCUGACUCACCGACGUCCACGGCAGGAACAGAUCUCACCUGGAGCCGACGGAAAUGUCAAUCUUUCGGAAUCUACUGUUGGAGGAGGGGGUAUGCCUGGGGGAUGGACUACCCGCGGUGAUCGUUCUGCUCUCGAUGAUGCUCAAAGUCAGGGAUGGUCAUUUGCUAACCUUUGA